CGGAAAUCGGGGACUGGACGGGGGUGGGCAGCUCAAUCAAGCACAAGUUACAGGGCUGGAAAGAAAUUGUCCGGUCUUGCCGUGCCAGCGUUCCAGCAUCUUUGCGCCCGCAAACGAUCAUCAACUCCCGCAUCCUCGUCUUAACAUCGCGGACUACAUGCCUCUUACCGCAACCAGAUCUCACCUGGACCCGUCACUAAACCCCCUAUACCCCCGAACAAGUUAAUAACCCACGAAUGCCAGUAGCCAAAGGCCUUACCUUCUGCCAUUCAUCCACACUUUGCCGUCCAGUCUCCCCUGUUCGCAACCACGCGCCUCCGCCGCUUCUGAAACAGCCUGACGCACCCCAGGGGCUUCCACCUCGACCCUCGAUCCUCGACCCUCGAGCCCCCCCUUUUGCCCUUUUGCGCACAUCUCGCACCACUCACGCAUCGCGCCAGUCUGUUGACUCUUGACUAUCCACUACUCCGUACACCACUGGGGCCCGGCUUUCACCGCAUCGUGGUCCACGCAAGGGUUGGCCCCUGGCUGCGACUCCACUGCUUCGAGAAAAUCCCAUCGAAGGGCCUCCAUCCUUUCCAUCCAACUCCCAGUCGUCUCUGCUUCGCCUCCCACCCUCCGCCCGUCCUCUCCUCUCCAGACUCUCCCACCACCAUUUGCGCUACCCAUCCUGUCCUUGUCCGAACAAGUCACUUUGCUUGCUCGACUACCAAGUAGACGCCCUGACAGAACAACCGGGCACACCCUUCCAAGCUCAACGUCGCACGAUUGCCAACUCUUCACAACCUGCUUGUUUACUCCGUCUUAACAACACCCCGGACGGCAACCUCCUCCUCCUCUGACCACACGCCCACCCGCUCCUCCGUUCCUUGUCCUAUACAUAAACCAAGCUUCCCUCCCCCGGCCGCGCCACCUCGACUUCCAAGAUGUCGAACCCUACGCCAGCCCAGGAAGAAUUCAAUGCUCUGCUAGCAGCAAACUCCCGUGACACCAACAAAGUACAUCCCGAAGACCGAGACCACGACCGUCGCGAACAAGACAGCCUCGAUCUCGACGAGGAAGAGAGAUAUCGCAACUCCCAAAUCGACGCCGCUAUGCGUAUGCCAUCUCUUGGUCAGACCGGCUCCGACCUGAAGCUGCCCCCAGCUAGCUUCGAUGCCGGUCGUACCACUGGUGUCAAGGGCGUCAUCGCCGAUGCUCGCAACUACGAGAACGCUCGCAAGACUUCUUUCAUGAGCCGCGCGCGCACCACAGUGAGGCGCUCCAUUUUCGGCCUCGACAACAUCAACUCCCAGCCGCCACCGUCAAACAAGAGCGAAAGCGAGACGGAUGAGGGCAACGGCAGCGACUCUGACGACAGCUUCAUGCAGCAAUGGCGCGAGAGCCGCCGAAGAGAACUCGAGAGCGACUCCAACAAGGUUAUCCGGAACCGGAGAACAAGUCCUAGUGUGCGAAUCUACGGACGUCUGGAUGAGGUUGAUGCCUUGGGCUACCUCGAUGCCAUUGAGAAGGUUGCGCGGGACACUGUCGUUGUCGUCUUCGUCUAUGACCCAGAGUGUGACGUUUCUGCGACAAUAGAGCAUGCCAUGAUGCCUCUUGUAUCGCAGCACUCAACAAUACACUUUGUCAAGGUACACUAUCUUGACAUUGAGUUCGACAACGCCGCUGUGCCUGCGAUUUUGGCGUACCGCAACCAGGGUGACAUGAUCGCCAACCUCACAGGCAUCAUUGAAAUGAUCCCCGACGACGAAAUGUUUGGUACCGACACACUGGCACGGCUCUUCCAGAAGCACGACAUUCUAUGAUGCAAAUACGGUCACGAACAGCACUCAACAUGCGCAAAAAACAACCUCAUCUCCUCUGUUACGAUACCCCCAUUUUGCAGCGCGUUCUCUUCCGCGAGCAUAACGGUUCCCUUUUUUCUACAACAUUUUCAUUGCGCAUUCGGUUCUCCUAUCUCACCUGGACUUUUGGGUUGUGGAGCGGAGUUUUCUCUGGGAUAUUCUCGUCACUUUGGGGAAAGACGUUGAUACACCAUUGGUCUUUUCUUUGGGGGUUUCUUGUUUCUGUAAUGAUGUGGGGAGAUUCAUGCCCGAGAUGUCGGUUACUACGCGAGAAACGUACCGGCUGCGGGGUUGGGAAGAUGAAGAUGCAAUAUCAUGCAGCAAUGCCAUUUAAGGAUUGUAGGCUGCGUUCCCAACUUUUACCAAUUCCCUGUAGAAUUCACAAGAUCACGUGGACUCUGUUCAACGAUUUCACACAAAGGAUUGGAUGUACUGCUCAUAAUUGCAUUGAUGUCGGUAAAUGAGAGGUUACAUUGCAUAUACGUCGUUUUAAGGGUUGCGAAUGCCUUACCCCUAGAUACACGCAGCCCCCCUCGACACCAAACCGUCAACGAAGGGAACGAAAUCAAUGAUAACAGCCUCCUAGGGCUGGAGGAGGGGGUGACAAGUACAAGGACAAGGCCCUCGGUGGAUUUUCUGCUUCGGGACUUUGCGAGAUUUCGAGGCAGAUUGCGGGAGGAUUUGGACCCAAUACCGGAUACGGAUUACAGACAUGGGUCCAAAUAGAAGGUUCUAAGAUUUGGUCAGC